AUGGCAGCAGCUACGAUUGCCGACUUGGAUGCACCAGAGCGCAUUCCAUCGCUGCUGCAUUCCAUCGAUCCAAAUAGCAUGAUCUUCCUCCAUCGCGGUCAGACACGCUUGCAGCUUGCUAAAGCGCUCUCGACCGUAGUGUAUGCACCCCUUCCGCACUCGUCCCGCAUUUGGCUUGUGGCCAGCGAGUUCGAAGUCAUCUUGACCUUUCUUGUUUGUGCGAUCAUGCUCUACAAAAAGCGAGCCUUGGGUCAUUUCUGGAUCUUCACUAAACGCACUUCGCAGAACGGUAGCUUUGUUGUUUCCAACGCCGUCUUCACGCUCGUUCUUGGUGUGGCGAGCUACCUAUUUGCAUGGGAUUCCCUUGCCAUGAUCAUUUCCUCGUUCUCCUUUGCCAACAUUUCAACCAUGCAGUGGUGGUGCGUCAUCCCUCUACCUUGGCUUCCGUUGGUCGUGAGUGCCUACAUCAGCAUUCACGGCUUUACGGUAGGUUGCAGCCCCCGUUCACCUCUUUCUGUCAUCAACUCUCACGCGGGAACCGCCCACAAGAGGUGGUACUAUGUCCCCAUCGGAAAAAGCCCUAUUAUCCUCAAUACCUUGCUUGUCCUUCCUUGCGUGCUUUUCACGAUCAGCUCCAUCGCUCUCGUCGCCAUGUCAUGUAAUACCUUCUUCCGUGCAAAGGCAUUUGCUCAUCAUCACCUUUCGCCAGACCUGUUGCAUCAGAUGCAAGAUUCAGCUGCUGGCCAUCCCACCUCUCUUCCCAAUCCUGAUGACCUUGCUUCGGACGAGCUUGUCUGGCUCGCACGCAACGUGGCCGCGCGGUACAUGGAUGUCCAUCGAUACGUCUGCAUCAACCUGGCUAUUUUUGCAGCCGCGGCGAUUUCCAUCUUCAUACCUUGUAUCGGUUACGGCAUUCCAAACGUCGUCCAUCUCGUCGACCAUGCGUGCUCUCGCUAUCCUCAGCCAUUGCCUGCAUCGUGCAAGAGCUUUCCGCGUAAGCUUUGGUUCCUCGUGACCAAGGGGAAGCCCGUGUCGUCGCAUAGCACCACACACCUCAAUCUCGGCAGUUGGAAGAUGACCAUCCUCGCUGUGAUAUAUGUGUCUAUCCUCGUGGUCUGCGUACCUUUGUUUGGCUUUAUUCCGAUAUUCAUAAUUUGUGAUACUUUCCCUCACCGCGUCCAGACGGGAAACCUUGUUCCACCCAUCCUUCACGCCGUCCUAGCUGCGUCGAUCAUCACGAUCCUUUCGUGCACUUUCGUCGCAUUGUUUUGCUGUGUUUCGACGCUCGAUCCGCUCUUCCGCGCUGCCAUCGGUCUCAACAUGCUUCGCACACAUGUUCCCAUCGACAUUCAUGUAGAGGUCCAUCAAAGUCGAGCUGAGGAGCACGACCUGACCCUAUCGCCAACUUUCGUGUCAAAGGAUCCGACAAUGCAAGCAUCGCGCAAGACCAGCCUUAAGAUCAAGACGCUCACCACCAUGCCGUCCAACAGUACUUUAUCCAGCAUGUCAAAGCCCUCUACAUUAUCCGGAUCGUCCGAUCAAACAUUCAAGGGCUAG